GCCGCGCAGCGAAAAAUUCUGUGGUCUGUCUUGUCUGUUUGUUUCUCGUUGUGUGUUUAACCCUUCUUUAUUUGGAGACCACCAUGGGACAGGCUGUCACCACCCCAUUGAGCCUAACCAAGGACCACUGGUCCGAUGUUAAGGCCCGAGGAAACAAUGAAGGUGUCAUUGUCAGGAAGAAGAAAUGGAUCACCUUCUGCGAGGCCGAAUGGGUCAUGAUGAAUGUCGGCUGGCCGCGAGAGGGAUCUUUUAACCUCUCUCUUAUUUCGCAGGUGGAGGGUAAGGUUUUCGCCCCUAGCCCUUAUGGGCAUCCCGACCAGGUCCCAUAUAUCACCAUCUGGAGAUCACUGGUCGAGAACCCAUUUCCAUGGGUUAAGCCUUUCCUUCCGCAGCCCCCUCCAGUCUCUGGGCCGUCUGCGCCCCCCAACCCAGACUCCUCCCUUUACCCCGUGCUCCCUCACAAGGAGACUCCUAAGCCUCCAGUCCUUCCCCCAGACCCCAAUACUCCCCUUAUAGAUCUCCUGACGGAGGACCCACCACCAUAUCGAGCCGGACCACCUGGAGAGCCGGCCAAAGCGGCCCCAGCCGCCGCCCCCGGUGGCGGCGUCCCCGGCCGUGCCCGUGGCAGAUCCGGAAGUCACCUCGACUCGCAGGACCCACGGGGCUGAAGAAGAGGACGCAGCCCCGUCCCCCAUUGCCGGCCGCCUCCGCGGCCGCCGGGAUGGCCCCCCUAUUGAGUCCAGGGCCUUCCCGCUUAGAGAGGGGCCGAAUCGCCAGUUGCAGUACUGGCCCUUUUCAGCCUCAGACCUCUAUAAUUGGAAACAACAUAAUCCCCCUUUCUCCAGGGAUCCUGUUGCCUUAACCGGCCUAAUUGAGUCCAUCCUAGUGACUCACAGGCCGACUUGGGACGACUGUCAGCAGCUCCUGCAGACCCUCUUAACAGUAGAGGAGAAGCAGAGAGUUUUCCUGGAGGCCCGGAAGCAGGUUCUGGGCGACGAUGGGAGGCCAACCCAACUCCCAAAUAUCAUCGAUGCAGUUUUUCCCUUGACCCGCCCAGACUGGGACUUCAAUACACCUGAAGGUAGGGAGCAUCUACGUCUCUAUCGCCAGUUGCUCUUAGCGGGUCUCCGAGCGGCCGCCAGAAGGCCUACCAAUUUGGCCCAGGUAAGGAAUGUGAUACAGGGAAAGGAAGAAACACCCGCUGCAUUUUUAGAGAGGCUGAAGGAGGCUUAUAGGAUGUACACUCCGUAUGAUCCAGAAGACCCAGGGCAAGCACCAGGUGUCAUCCUAUCAUUUAUCUAUCAGUCUAGCUCAGAUAUCAGAACCAAAUUGCAGCGGCUGGAAGGUUUACAGGCGCUAGGUUUGCCAGACUUAUUGAAGGAAGCAGAGAAAGUGUUCAAUAAGAGAGAAACUCCUGAGGAGCGUGAGGAAAGGAGAUGGCAGAAACAAGAGGAAAGGGACAAGAAACAGCAUAGGGAGAUAAAAAAGGUUUUGGCCGCCGUUGUGUCUCAGGGACAGCAGAGAGAGGGAGAUAGGUCGGGAGAGCGAAGGAGGCCACCCCUUGAUAAAGAUCAAUGUGCUUACUGCAAGGAGAAGGGACACUGGGCCCGAGAGUGCCCCAAGAAGCCACAAGGACCCCGCCGGCCCAAGCCCAAGACUGUAGACCUCCUUAGUCUGGAAGACUAGGGGAGUCGAGGCCAGGAGCCCCCCCCCUGAGCCUAGGAUAACCCUCAAGAUCGGGGGGCAGCCCGUGACCUUCCUGGUUGAUACUGGUGCCGAACAUUCAGUCCUAACCCAUGCCGGAGUGCCUCUUAGCCGGCAUUCUGCACUGGUGCAGGGGGCAACUGGAAACAAGAGGUAUUAUUGGACUGCCGAGAGAAAAGUCCAACUGGCAUCAGGGCAAGUAACUCACUCUUUUCUGCACAUACCUGAAUGCCCCCAUCCGCUGUUAGGACGGGACCUAUUAGCCAA